UCGGUGGCGGGUCGUACUAAAACCUCUUAGAUCCAUUGUGUAACAGACUUGCAGUUUCUCCCCGCAAACAAAAGAUGUAAAUAACGAAAAACCUGAAAUCCCAUAGCAUCAGAAUUUCAAAAUUCCCACAUAGCAAUUAAGAAAUUUCUCUUCCUCUAAAAUUUUACAGGGGAAGAGAAAAACAGGUACCCAAUUCCCAAUUCCCUCUCGCCAUGACAUUAAAACCUCUCAACUCUUACACAAUCGCCCUUAUGAUGUUUUUCACAUUCUUGAUCCUCUUUUUCUCUGGUUUCAUUGAGUUCCCAUCUGUAACAUCCUCAAUUCCAUCACCCAUUGAAGCGAGACUAGCCACCACUACGUCAUCAUCCACACCAGACCCUUUUGUUGACUUGUUUGGUGCUUUCAAGAGAUGGGAUUCUCAAGUGGGUUGUGAUCAGUUUAGAGAAAAGUUCAGAGAUUUAAUCAAUUUGCGUUCUUUUUCUUCUUCUGGGUCUAAUAAUAAUAGGUCUGUUGCUUCUUUGCAAGUUGUUGGCGGUGAUGACUCUGGUUGUAAUACUGAGUUGAAGAUGAAGCAUGUUAGUGUUUUGGUUAAAGGGUGGACUUGGAUUCCAGAUAAUUUGGAUAAUUUGUAUUCUUGUCGCUGUGGGCUGAGCUGUUUGUGGACUAAAUCUUCUGUUCUUGCUGAUAAACCUGAUGCUUUGUUGUUUGAAACAACUACACCUCCACUUCGGAGGCGCAAUGGAGAUCCACUUCGUGUCUAUAUGGAUCUUGAGGCUGGUAGGAAACGGUCAGGUUAUGAGGAUUUAUUUAUUAGUUAUCAUGCAGAAGAUGAUGUUCAAUCAACUUAUGCUGGUGCACUCUUUCAUAAUGGUAGAAAUUAUCAUGUGUCUCCUCGUAAGAACAAUGACACACUUGUUUAUUGGUCUUCAUCACGUUGUCUCGCUGAAAGAAACCAGCUAGCCAAACAUUUCCUCAGCUUGGUUCCGCACCAUUCAUUUGGUAAGUGCUUGAACAAUGUCGGUGGACUAGAUAUGGCUCUAUCUUUCUACCCUGAGUGUGGCAGUGAUGCCAGCGUUAGGCCAAAAUGGUGGGAUCAUCUACAUUGUGCCAUGUCUCACUACAAGUUUGUUCUUGCAAUCGAAAAUACUGUAACGGAGAGUUACGUGACUGAAAAGCUAUUUUAUGCCCUAGACUCUGGUGCAGUUCCAAUUUAUUUUGGCGCACCAAAUGUGGAAGACUUUGUGCCUCCUCAUUCAAUAAUAGAUGGGACCAAGUUUCAGUCCAUUGAGGAAUUGGCUUCUUAUGUCAAGACUCUGGCUAAUGAUCCUGCAGCUUAUGCAGAAUAUCAUGCAUGGAGGAGAUGUGGUGUAUUAGGCAACUAUGGAAAGACCCGGGCGGUGAGCCUCGAUACAUUACCUUGCCGAUUGUGCGAGGCUGUUAGUAGAAAGGGAGGGAGAAAUGCAAGAGCUCAGUAGAGUCUUAAUGGAUGUAUAUUUAAUUUGAGUUAGUUCUGCUGGCUACAUGUUGAUUUCCAAGAUUUUGCUACUUAGGAUGGGGUUGGAGUUAGGUGUAACCUGGCAGGAAUGACAAGGUUGUAUAAAGGGGAAUCCUGAUAGUGUACAAUUGAGAAAUUUUGAAAAAAGUGUAGGAUGGUUUGGUUUCCAUUAAUUGAAGGAUUGGUAUAGCUUUUAAUA